GCGCACUGGCGGCAGAGGUUGGACGGGAGCCCACCCUCACAGCGCUCCCCUCUUUGAGAUCCUGCCCGAGUUCCUCUACAAGAGAAGUCACUCAUAGAGUUAGCUGGCUGAGAAGCAGAGUCUGACAACAGGACCUCAACAUGGCCCAAGUGUGUUGCCUUGGGCUGCUACUGAUGCUGCUGGUGGCAGCUGUCCCUUGGACCAAGGGGAUAGAAGAUGACACAGACACGAAAGAUGGAGAGAGGAUCAUCCAAGGGGUGGAAUGUGACAAGAACUCCCACCCCUGGCAGGUGGCCCUGUUCAGUGGAAAUCAGUUACACUGUGGUGGAGUGCUUGUGUCAACGAACUGGGUACUCACAGCUGCCCACUGCCAGAUGAAUAGAUACAAUGUGCAUCUAGGCAAACACAGUCUGCAAGGAAACGAGAAGGGGUCCCAAGUGAUACCGGCCACCAGGUCCUACCGGCAUCCUCAAUACUCUACUGUGACCCACGUCAAUGACUUCUUGCUGAUAAGGCUAUCGAGGCCAGCCAGGAUAGGGCCCAACAUUAAGCCUAUCACAUUACCCUCCCGUUGUGCUCCACCUGGCACCUCCUGCACUGUUUCUGGCUGGGGUACCACCACCAGCCCAGAUGUGACAUACCCAGAUAAGCUCCAGUGUACAGAUGUGAAACUUAUCUCCUUUGAGAAAUGCAAGAAUGUUUACAAGGAUCUGUUGAAGGAAUCCAUGCUGUGUGCUGGCAUUCCCGGGUCUAGUACCAAUGCUUGCAAUGGUGAUUCUGGUGGACCCCUCGUGUGUCAUGGACGUCUUCGUGGUCUGGUGUCCUGGGGGGAGGUUCCCUGUGGUACAGCUCAGAAGCCAGGAGUCUACACUGAUGUUUGCAAAUACUGUGAUUGGAUCCGAAGGACAAUUCAAGCCAACUGA